AUGGAGGAAGCCACCAACGAUGAGCCAUCUCCUGGAGGAGCUUCUGUCAUGCGACCCGUUGGGGUAGAAGGAGUAGCAGAGAAGGUUCCUGACCUUAUCAUGGAGGAGCAGAGACUUAACUGGCACUAUAAGGCGAAGUAUAUAAGCAUCGAUAAAUACAAGGAAGUUGUGAGGAAGCUAACGGCGUUGAAGCGAAACCAUGCCCAACUUUACUUUGAGAAGCACUCUCUAGAACUGGAUAUAGAGAGAAGGAUGAGUGAAGCGAUAGGAGAGGAGAAACACCAAGCACAGGUCCAACUGACUGCGGCAUUGGCAAGGAAAAACGAGGACUAUGCGGCACUCGUUGAGAAAACACAGUCGGAGCUGCGAGCCGUCUCGGAUAAGCACGCCCAGCAGCUAGAGCGGUCCCGACAUGAGUACUUCAUUCAAAGCAAGUACCAAGAAGAACAAAUUGUGGCCUUGAAAGCGACGAUCGAUCAGCUUGAACAGGACCACAAGGCAGAGUUGAAUCAUUUUAAGGAAGAAAACAAACGCCUUCUAGACGACUUGGAUGCAGAUACUUGUGAACGGGAGAAAAUCGCUAGGCUCGUCGAUAAGGAGAUGGAGAGGACUAAGGCAUGUUUCGAGGAAAGGGACUUGUUGAAGGAGACUCUUUCCAAAAGAGUGGCCGAAAUAGAGAUAUUGAAGCAAGAGAAUGUAGAGUUGCGAGAGCAAGUCCAACUCACUGAGCAACUAAACGAAUAUCACAAUGAGCGUAUUGAGAAAUACGAGAGGGCGAGUGCGAGGCGAUAUGAAGCUACUGCGAAGGAGGCACAAGGUCAUAGUCGCCGUGAUGAUGAUGGGAGUAUAGGGGAGAGGGAACGGCAGUUGGAGGAGAUGCUGAAACAGAAGGAGACCGCGUUGGAAGAAGCGGGCAUUGAAACGGAGUUGUUGAAUCAUAAGGUACGGCAGCACGACGCUGAUGUCGGUGGGGAAAUGGAAGUAUUGAGAAGAGAGGUUGGAGAGAAAACGAAUCUUGUGAAGGAGCUGCAGGAUAGGUGUGAGACCGUCACCAAUGAGCUACAGGCACGUGAAGCAGCCCUGGCGGCGUUAGAUAAGGACAAUAAGCGACUACAGACGUCUCUAGAUGAGAUUAGGAAGGAGCUCCAGGAGCAGGUUGAGGCUUAUAAGAAGGCACAGAAGGGCGUGAAGAUUCUCAACAAGGAAUUGGAUAAGAGCAAGGCUGAGUACGACGAGCUGGUAGAGGUUGGGCGGGAAAAAGACGUUAAAAUGGAGAGAAUCAAGAGGAAGAGUGUCAGUCUGCGAGGUCAAUUGAUGGAAGCGGGGGAUCUCCAAGAGGCAUUGAAGAAAGAGAGGGAAGAGCGGGAGAAAAUUGAGAACGACUUGAAGGAGUUGGAAGACUCCCUGAAGAUAAAACAAUCUGAGCUGGACAGCGCUUUAAAAGAAGUAGUGGAGCAGAAGGAGUCUCGACAGGAACUCGAGCGGAAGCACUCCGAAGUGGUGGAGGCUCUCCAUAGUGCACAGACAGAUCUAGAAGAGGCUCGGAAGGCUCAACAAGAUGCCGUCGUCAUUCAAGGGAAGUUGAAGGAAGCACUUGGGGAGAAGGAGACGAAAGCUCAGCGACUAUGGGGAGUUGUCAGGCAGAGAUGGGAGUUACGUGAAGAGGCGUCGUUGAAGAGGCAACAUACACUCCGAGAGCAGUGGGAGGCAGAGAAGAAGAGGAGGGAAGAUGUGGAGAGGGAACUGCAAGAUUUGCAGGGAAAGGCAGACGAACUGGCGGCCAAGACAGAGACACAAACAAAGGCGUUGUUGGAAGAGCAGGAUAUACGAAGAGGGUUGGAGGGGAAGCUGAAGACGGUGACAGAGCUAUGCAGUCGUAAGCGAGAUGAACUGGAGAGGGUGCUUAAAGAGAGCCAUAGAGAAAAGGAGGUUCUUCAGAAGGAGCUCAAUGAGGUAUCGGAUGUUUUGAUGAGGAAAGAGAAGGAAUUGAAGAAGACACAAGAGGCUCAUAUGAUGGCAGCUGCGGCAAGGGAGAAGGUUGAGGGAGCACUCCGUGAGAGGGAUACUCAGACGAAAGCGCUUUGGGAGAAAUUCAGGGAGAAGUGGAAACAUCGAGAGCGUUCAGUGCUGGAACUGCACAGAGACAAGGAGGCUGCUAUAGGGCAGAGGCAGAAGGCUUUAGAGAAUCUGAAGGAGCGUGUUGUGGCACAAGCUAAGCUACUGGGUGAGUCGAGGAAGAGGGAGAAGAAGUUGGAGACAGAGCUCCAACGAAGUGUGGAGCAGAGGGUCGCUUUGGAAAGCCUCGUGGCCGAAAAGAAUAAGACGAUACUUGAAAUGAAGAGGGUGCAAUCUCGCUCGCCUCGGAUGAGGCCAGCUCGAGUAGGACAGGAGGGUGAUAAGCAUAGUAGUCGAAUUGAGGCGUUGGAGAAGAGCAUUGGGGCGAUACCGGAGAUACUGCGCUCGCUACACGAGCUCAAUGCGAAACAUGAGGAUGCUGAGGAGCACAAACGAGGGCUUGCUGCGGAGAAUGAGGAGUUGAAAUACGUCUUGGAGACGCGAUACCCUCUGCGGGGCUCAGAGAAAGAGGAGGUGAUGGAAAUGUCCUGUCUAUCGUGUCUUAGGCAACUUGCCUUAGGUUGA